AUGAACGUGACAACUAUGUUCGAAAACUCUGAGUUUGCUCUAAAUUUUAUGAAAGCUGCUAAUGUAGGACUCCAUUCACUAUUUUUGAUAUCUGUUGUGUUGUACUUAUUCGUAUUCCCGUUUUAUGUAUAUGUAUUCAAACUGAAUAAGAGAAGGGACAAAAAGACAUUGCUUUAUCCCACGGUCCAUCAUUUUUACAAGAUCGUUAAAAUCUCAUAUUGCUUGUUUGUGUCUUCGAUGAUGUUUGGUAAAUUGGCCAUUCAUUUUUCUUAUAAAAACGGUCUAAUAUGCGCCUUGUGUUUCGCAAUUGCCGUUGUUUUUAUAUUUACUCUGUACCUCCUCACUGAAGCAUUUCACCUGAUCACAUUUCUUCUUGCACUUCAAAGAUUCCUGAUCUACUUUUUCCCGCCAGGCGCCGAAAAAUAUGUUACGGCUGUCCAAGACUUUAUCAACAAGCAAAUUUGGAAGCUCUAUUUAGUAAUGUUUUUAAAGGAGGUUGUACUAAUUAUAGUGUAUUCGCUUACCGAGUUUAACAAGGAAGAAGGUCUCACACAUUUUGGAAUCUAUUUUAUUACAGUUGUAUUGGUUCUUUAUGCAUUGUUGUUUCUGUCUACAGUAUUCUACAUACCAAUAAUAAUAAGCGCUAGGAGACUGUCACAUGUGGAUUCUGCUCAGCAGUGUAUGGUCCAAAAGUAUAUCUACUGGCAGACAUUGACAGUUUUCAUAUGCAAAUUGCAAUCCGUCUUUCUGUGCAUUUACCUUUUCAUAAGGGCCAGUUCUAUCACCGACAUUACAUUUGGAAUAGUCUUAACGGAUAUUGUCACAACACCUUUGAUAGUUCAAAUUCCAUAUUUGGGAAGUAACAGAUGGAAUUCAAGGCGAACAACUAAAUUCAACUGGAGCAUGUUUUUCAGAGUGUUGUUUGACAUUAAGAAGACGUCACGCGUUACCCACGCGUAA